AUGUUGCGUAGCGGAAAACGUCUCGCGACAAACACGAAGGACAACACCGAAAUUGGCAAUUCUACCAAUGCUGAUGAAAUAGGCAAGAGCAAUUCUCAGCCUAUACUUCUUGAUGACCCUGACCCUAAACCUUCUAGCGAAAACAGGAAGUCUACCGCUGAAAAAAAUAAGGAAAAGACUAUAGACUUAGAAGUAGAAGACGAUUCGGAAAUUGAGGCCGAAAUCGAUCGACAGUAUGGUACCCACGUCGAUCGACCGGUGAAGCCUCUCGUCGAUCAACAUUCAGAUAACCCUAUCGAUCGACGUUCCACUCAACCCGAACCAACAAUCGAAAGAGUCUAUAGAACCCUACCCCCUUUUCCUCCUAAACCGCAGACUAAGAAAUCAUUAGAAAAUGCGAUCUGCAAGAAAGCAUUGGAUAGAAUUACUGUGGAGAUGUCGCUUAGUGAUGCUAUGAAAAUAGCACCUUCGAUAAAGAAGUAUAUGAAGGAUAUGAUGUCUCCAAAUUAUCCAACUGCGGAACGAAGCGUGAAGAUGGUGUUAGAGGAAGUAAGUGACAUGAUUCAAGGAGAAACUCCAACUAAGAGGCCUGAUCCUGGUAGUUUCGUCCUAGAUUGCAAUAUACAGAACACGCGUUUUCCUCGAUCACUAUGUGAUCUUGGCUCUAGCGUAAAUUUUAUGCCUUACUCCGUUGCAGUAACCUUGGGAUAUAACGAGUUUAUGUCAACUCCGAUAACCUUGGUUAUAGCUGAUCGGUCUAUCAGGGUACCUGAAGGGAUUCUCGAAGACGUUCCCGAACCAAAAGACCCCCUCAUUCUGGGUCGGCCAUUCCUAGCUACAGCUGGAGCGAUCAUUGAUGUGAAAGAAUGA